AUGGAAAACGACCCGAAUAACACUACGGCGGGUCGCGAGACUGGGCGGUGCAUGUCGGUGGCAGCAAUGCAGGCGCUGCACCGGCUGCGCGAGUGCAGGCUGCUCUGCGACGCCAUUGUGCGCGCGGACGACGGCGCCGCCUUCCCCGUGCACCGCGCCAUCCUCUCUGCUUGCAGCCCAUACUUCCUGUUAGCAUCCUUUCCUCCCUUACCCAUGCAUAAGGCACUGUUUACAACAACGCUGCACUCUCGCGAGCAGAGCGAUGUGUUGAUAUCGGGUGUACGUUCCGAGAUUCUUCUGCUGCUUAUCGAGUACGCGUACCUGCGGCGCAUUGACGUGACGGACACCAACGUGCACGAGCUCCUUAUGACGGCAGACUACCUGGCCUUCCUCGGCGUGUUGCAGCUCUGCUGCGACCACCUCCGCGUCUCGCUCAACCCUAAGAACUGCCUCGGCAUCAUGAUGUUUGCCAGGCGUGUGUUUUGUUACAAGCUAGAGGCAGAUGCCCGAAGAUAUUUGUUGCGUUAUUUCGUGACUGUUGCGACGCAAAGUGAUGAGUUUCUUCAUUUACCGCUCGAGGAGCUUAACUCCAUAAUCCUCGAGGACGAACUAAAUGUUAAGAGCGAGGAAGUGGUUUGGGAGGCCGUGCUGCGCUGGGUUAACUACGACCCCGACAACCGCUGGCAGCAUACCGUCAAGCUCAUGGGAAGCAUAAGGCUCGGCCUUCUCGAUACUCAAUUCUUUUUGGAAAAUGUCAAAGACCAUCCCUACGUAACCGGCAACGAAGGCUCUCGCCCGAUUAUUAUUGAGACCCUGAAGUUUUUAUACGACUUGGAAAUGAUCGCUCAGAGAGACGGUGAAGUCGCCACUCCGGAGAUCGCAAGACCGAGAGUUCCUCAUGAAGUUCUGUUUGCGAUCGGAGGAUGGAGUGGUGGUUCACCAACAGCCUUCAUUGAGACCUAUGACACGAGAGCUGAUCGUUGGAUAAAGGUGGAAGAAGUGGACCCUGCCGGGCCGCGAGCUUACCACGGCACGGCGGUACUUGGAUAUUGUAUUUACGUCAUCGGCGGCUUCGAUGGAAUGGAUUACUUCAACUCGUGCCGUUGCUUUGAUGCUGUCACUAAAACUUGGCGUGAGGUAGCACCAAUGAACGCUCGGCGGUGCUAUGUAUCGGUAGCAGUGCUCGGAGAGACGAUCUAUGCGAUGGGUGGCUAUGAUGGUCACCACCGUCAAAACACUGCUGAGCGGUUUAACCACCGCACCAAUCAGUGGUCAUUGGUAGCGCCCAUGAACGCGCAGAGAUCAGAUGCUAGCGCCGCUGCUCUGGACAAUAAGAUCUACAUAACGGGUGGGUUCAACGGACAGGAAUGCAUGAACAGCGUAGAGGUGUACGAUCCGGACACGAACCAGUGGACGAACCUGGCACCGAUGCGGUCACGCCGCUCCGGCGUCUCCUGCAUCGCUUACCACAACAAGAUUUACGUAAUAGGCGGUUUCAACGGCAUCUCGCGCAUGUGCAGUGGCGAGGUGUACGACCCGCUGAGCAACACUUGGGCGCCGGUGCCGGACAUGUACAACCCUCGAAGCAAUUUCGCUAUCGAGGUGAUCGACGAUAUGAUCUUCGCGAUCGGCGGCUUCAACGGAGUCACCACCAUCUACCACGUGGAGUGUUACGAUGAGAGGACUAACGAGUGGUACGAGGCGACGGACAUGAACAUCUACCGGUCAGCGCUGUCGGCGUGCGUGAUAAUGGGCCUGCCGAACGUGUACGACUACAUCCACAAGCACCGCGAGCGGCUGAUGGAGGAGAAGCGGCAGAAGAUCCUGCUGUCGGAGACCGCGCGCCACGGCCAGCACCGCACCGCGCUGCCAGACGUUCACCUGAUGGAGGACAACGACGACAUGCUGGAGCAGCUAGGGCUGAUGGAAAACCAGGCGAACAACGACAUCCCCGUGCCGCCCCCGCCGCCGCCCCCGCCCCCGCAGCCCAUGGAGCAGGAGUGACUCGCUCUACCCGUCGUUGGUUACUGAAACUUUUCUGUUGUCCGAUGUUAUGCCUUCCCGACAGUUAGAUACCUAAUCAAUAAGAAGAUAAAAAAUAAAAGUCUAAAUAAAAGUCUUAGUUACAGUACGGUACCUAUAGUGAAGUUAUUAUGUAAAAUUAUAACGUUACAGCCAUUUAUUUUUAACAUAUUUACAUACAUUUACUAAGCAAUUUUGGCAUAUUUAUAAAGUUGUGAUAUUUUCAUAAUGUGAAUCAUUUCUGUAUUUUUGGAAUAUUUUUGAAAAUUGUAUGAAAUUUUUCUGACAAGUAUAAUUGGUAAUGGUAUUAAGAGACUAAACUGUUGUUUCAUUUUAUAUG